GAGGGGAGCCUUGCAUUGAUUUAGACUGUUUCUAAGAAUAUCACCUCACAAUCCACCGGUCGCACAAGGGUAUUAUAGUGACAUUCUGCUCCGUUGAGGGUUCAACUGAAGGGGCGGGGGCGAGGGGCGAGGGUGCGGUUGGCAAGGGGAUAAAGGGGAGCGAGUCUUCUACCCUUACUUCGAGCAUUGGAAUUCAGCGACAGAAAAAAGGCACAGAUGCAGCAGGAUACAAUGGAGAUGCCGUCUGUUGCAUGGCAGAAUGGUAUUUAUAUAUCGUGGUCAUUUUCCUCACUGUGGCUAUUUGAGACGCUGUUUUUUUCUUAAUCCAGAUCCCCAAACAAUCCACAAGCAAAAAAAGACGAGCACCGAAAUCCUCGUUAGUUGAGUUUAUAAAGAAGAGUACCACCUUGGAAUAUUAAAGAAGACCUCCUUUGAAUAAUAAAGAAGACCACCUUUGAAUAAUAAAAAAGAGGACCACCUUGGAAUAAAGCAUCAUGACUGCCGGACAGCACCAACAAGUGUCGACCGCCCGCCUGGACGGCAAAGUCGCCCUUGUCACCGGCGCCGGACGAGGCAUCGGACGCGGCAUCGCCAUCGAACUGGGCUCCCGGGGCGCCUCCGUCGUGGUCAACUACGCCAACAGCUCGUCCGCCGCCGAGGAAGUAGUCAAGGAGAUUGAAAAGCACGGUAGCAAGGCGAUUGCCAUCCAGGCCAACGUGUCCCAGGUCGAGCAGAUUGGCAAGCUCUUCGAGCAGGCCGUCGCCCACUUUGGCCACCUCGACAUUGUCGUGUCCAACUCAGGCAUGGAAAGCUUCGACAAGAUCGAAGACGUGACGCCCGAAAAAUACGACAAGGUGUUUGGCCUCAAUGCCCGCGGCCAGUUCUUUGUCGGCCAGGCGGCCUUCAACCAUCUCACGCCCGGUGGUCGGCUGGUAUUGACUUCCUCCAUCGCGGCGGGCCUCCUCGGCGUCGAGGACCAUGCGCUUUAUUCCGGAAGUAAGAGUGCCGUCGAGGGCUUCACGAAGUCGUUCGCCACGGAUUUUGCCAAGCGCAAGGGCAUCACUGUCAAUGCCAUUGCUCCUGGUGGUAUUAAGACGGACAUGUUCACUCAUAUGGCGUGGAGAUAUAUCCCCGGUGCGACGAAGGAUUGGACUUCUGAGCAACUGGAGAAGUCCAUGGCGGGGCAUUGUCCCAUGCAGCGAUGUGCGGUGCCCCAGGACGUGGCGCGUGUUGUGGCUUUUCUUGCGAGUGAGGACGGUGGAUGGGUUAAUGGUGAGUGCAUUCUUCGUUUUUGUAUUUUGCCUUUUGCGUUUCAUGUUUCCCUUUCUUUCUUUUCUUUUUUUUUUUCUUUAUGAAAAUGAUUCAUUUUCAUCUGAUACUUCCUCUCUUCUCUUUGCGAAAUCGAUUAGUAUGACAGUAUUUAUAUGAGCAAAACGCUAAUUGGUGCGUAUAGGUCAAAUCAUUACAAUUUCCGGAGGAUCGUCUCAGUAGAUCUAGAAUAGAGAAGCAGCAGAGGGAACAGCAAUCAGUUACCGUUAGAGAAAAGAAU